CCGCCCGCGAAGGAUUCAGAUCCCGCCCACUGGCAACAGUGAGGCUGAGUCCCAGAGCAGUGAUCUCAGUGUUUGAGAGCGAGACAGAGACAGAGAGAAAUGCUGUGAGAGUUGUUGUGUUUCUCGGCAGCGUCGAUGAGCAGCAGAAGUUGGUGAUCUCCAUUCUAAUUGAAUGGAUUGGCAUGGGGAGAAGCGGAACUCUCAACUCGGCUAAGCUGCAGCUUUUUAACCGGAUUUCGCUUGUCAUGGUGUCCCUGUCCCUCUUACUCCAGCCAGCUUGCUGUCAAUCAUGUCGGAUCCAGCGCUGCAACGCGGAGUAUGUGGCAUCGUUCUCACCCGCCGCCGGCCUUCAGGAGGACGUGGUGUCUGAUGUGGACUACUGCACGGCGCUGAGGGCAUACUCCUUGUGCAUUAGGCGAACGGCCCGCGGCUGCAGAGGGGACCUCGUUUACCACUCGGCUGUGUUCCGGAUCAAGGAGCUCUUCGCUCAGCACAACUGCUCCAGUGAGGGUCCCACGUCUUCAGUCAAAGCCCCAAGCACGUCCAGGCCCACCGCAGUGGACACGUGCGACUUUGAGAGCAGAGCGCUGGCUUCGGGCCCAGCGGAUGCACAGAAGAAAAAGUAUGCACACUGUGGACUAUUCGGUGACCCUCACUUGCGCACUUUCAAAGACGAGUUUCAGACGUGUAGAGUGGAGGGCGCGUGGCCGCUCAUUCACAAUCGCUACCUCUCCGUUCAGGUCACGAAUGUGCCUGUUGUGGAGGGAUCAAGCGCCACAGCAACCAACAAGAUAACGGUCAUAUUCAAAGCGUACCGUGACUGCACUGAGCAGAAGGUGUACCAGGCCACCACGGACGACGUGCCCUCUGCCUUCCAGGAUGGCACACGCAGCGGUGGCCAUGCAGGCAGCCUGCGUAUAACCGAGAACAGCGGACACGGUGGCGUGCGCCAGGUCACCAUCAAUGCCCGCUACUUGGGCACCUCCAUCAUUGUGCGGCGGGUCGGCCGAUACCUCACUUUCGCCAUCCGCGUUCCUGAAGAGAUGGUGGAGGAGAGCGGCGGCUUACAGCUCUGCCUGCACGGCUGCCCACGCAGCGAGCUCAUCAACGCUCAUGUGCUGAGCCGAGGACCGCGGCAGGAGGGGAGCGAUGGACAACUGCAGCCGGGCAGCAUGGCUCGCGCCGACCUGCUCGAGCGUGCCACAUCCAGAUGCAGGGAGACGCUGCAGGUCGAAGACAUUUACUUCCAGUCGUGUGUCUUCGACGUCCUCACCACCGGAGACGUGCAGUUUUCUAUGGCAGCGUUCGCAGCGCUGCAGGACCUGAAGGCUCUUCCUCCCAGCACGCUGGAGCAGAGCGCAGUCAGGACUCCACCCAUUUCUAACAGAUCGAGAGAGAGCUCUCCGUCACUCCUCAUCAUCACUCUGCUCCUUCUGCUCAUCCUGCUGGAGAGGCCGGGUUAGCGGAGAUGCAACGGAAAGAACGGAUUUGACUGAACUUGUUUUAAAGCUCUUUUGAAUCAUUUUUUUGAAUCACAUCUUUCCUAACACUACCACAUCAAACCCAGCAGUCAUUCAAACUCACAUUACUUUCCAUAAUGGAAUUAUGUCACAACACUUCUCUGUACUUUGAAGAAAGCAGUACAGUCUGUGAAGGCAGAGGGCAGCUAUGGAAAUCUAAUUAGCAUGAACGUUAUGUGUAACAACACCAAUAAUGUUUAAUCAUGAUCUUGGAGGAUGUUUACAGAAUAUAGAUGUAUCAUGGACACGGCUCUGGUACCCGUAGAUAACGACGUCUCUCAGUCUUCUUGGCUUGAGCAUGGCACUUAAUGCUGCUCCUUUGUAAUAAAUGCAUGAACAACAUGGGAUCCAACAACUACAUGAAAAUACUACCUAUCCAUAUAGUUCUACAGGUACAGUAUAGAACACUAGGUACAAAAAAGGCUACAGGUACAGAAUAUAACAGUAAUUCCCUGAGCUACUCUGCAUCCUGCAAUACUGUUUAUGGCUAAGAAACAAAUUCUUUAUAUAAUAAUAUAUUGAAAGUGUGUAUAUAUGUGUGUAUACUGUGUACAUUCUCCUAUGUAUAGAUGAUUGUAAAUGUGAUGUUUUUGCAGCUGUUUUUCUUAGAUUUUUUUUAAGCUGUCAGAAGUAAGUAAUAUGUAACCCCUGGUCUUUUCCAUAUUAAAAUAAGUUGUCACACUAUCCUGAUGCUUUACUGCUCUCUUUGGGAUUUUCUUUUCUUAUGGCCGUGCCUAAUAUGGCUGAUGGCCAACUGUAAAUGAAGUCAGAACACUCACUCUCUAUGUACAUUCAAUCCAGUCUAUAAUCAUGCUCAAUUUUACCCAAGAACAAUCAAGAUUACCACAAACCCCGAAAAAAAAAUCCCUUUGUUGUCCGUUAUUGUUGGAAAUGAAAUCAAACGAAGCAGACUGUUGUUUACCUACCCAAGCAGGUAAUGGGUGGAGGAACUCAUAAAUGCUUUGGUGUACCACAAACUACUGUGGGGACGAUAAAAAAAAAGUUUGAAACAUCUGGAACUGUUGCAAACUUGCCAAGGGGAGGAUUUAUGUGCAGCGUUUCCCUCACAUAAGCAGGAAAGGGGGAGGGAGGCAGAAAAGAACACAAGCAACACAGUUUGUCAUGCACACUUUUCAGUUGUGUUUUACAGUUGAUUAUAAUGUGGUAACUGUUAAAAUCAUGUGUUUAUCAGGACUAGUAUAGCACAAUACCACUGAACAGUUCGGUUAGAAAAAACACACAUUUUGUGAUGUAUUAUUUCUAUUACCAAGUCAUCUGUACCAUAUUCUGAAAUUGGUUACUCUACUUGAUAGUCCAGACCUUUGAUUAUGUUCAACCAAUCAUCACAGAAUACUCACAAAUUGUUCCUGAUUGUGUGUGAUAAUAGGGUUGGACAUCUGUUUCACCAACUUCAUGAAUUUGUGGCUACACGUUUUAGACCCCAUUAGUGACACUUUUUCCCCCAAAAAGAUUCUAGCAUUACAUCUUCAGCUCUCUAGCUCCCAUCACAGCUGCUGGUUCUACCACCAGUGUGUAAGACUUGACUGAGUUGCUAGUAUUUAAUAAAUUAGUCUUACUGCUAGAUUGUGGAAUGUUAAAUAUUAAAUUAAAAUAAUGAGAUGUUAAAUUAAUUAGAUAACUCCCAACAAAAAUGUGAGUAAUUAAGCCAAAAUAACAUGUUGAAAUAACAAGAUCAUUCAAAAUAAUGACUAUCUUUAAAUAAAGAAACAUUUAAUUUAUAACAUGCUCAACAAUCACUUGGUGGAAAAAUUGGAAAUCAUUGGUGGGUCUUGUUCCAAUCUUCAGCUGUCCAGUUUCAGUGAUCCUGUGCCGUCGGUAGUCUUCAAUUACUGUUCUGCUGUUAUAGCCCAUCCACCUCAAGGGCCAGUGUGUUGUGUGCUCUGAGAUUCUUUUCUGCUGACUAUGCUUAUAAAGAGCGGUUAAUUGAGUUACCAUUACCUUCUUGUAAGCUCAAAACUGAACAUUCUCCUCCAACCUCUCUCAUUCCCCCACAGAACUGCCGCUCACUAGAUGUUUCUUGUAUUUCUCACCAUUCGGUGUUAACUCGAGAGCAGUGGUCACCAACCCUGUUCCUGGAGAUCUACCUUCUUGAAGACUUCAGCUCCUACCAUAAGCGUGCCCAUCUGACCACCUAAUCAUUGCCUUAAGAAGUUCUUGGUCAACUAAAACAUGGUUGGAGAUGAAACCUGCAGGUAGGUAGAUCUCAAGGAAGCGGGUUGGUCACCACUGCCCUGGAGACUGUUGGUGUGAAAAUUCCAGGAGAGCAGCAGUGUCUGAAAUACUCAUACCAACAACCGUGCUACGUCAGAAUCACAGCGAUCACAUUUUUUCCGUUCUGAUAUUUGAGGUGAAUAUUAAUUGAAGCUCUUGACGUGUAUCUGCAUGAGUUUAUGCAUUAUGCUGCUGCCACAUGAUUGUCUUAUCGGAUAAUGAAUGAGCGGGUGUACGGGUGUUCCUAUUAAAGUGGCCAGUAAGUGUAUCUUGAAAUUACAAGUUAAAAUAUCGGCAUUCUCAGUUGAAAUAAUGAGACGUUAAGUCUUUUCGUUACUUGUGGUUCAAGACUUUUGUAAGGAUUUCAUCUG